UGGGUGACCAGCCGGCAGAUGCGCUUUGAGGGCGGCUUCCAGGGCCGCUGCAACAAGCUGGUGGAUGGCUGCUACUCCUUCUGGCAAGCUGGCCUCCUGCCCCUGCUCCACCGAGCCCUCCACGCCAGGGGCGACACAGCGCUCAGCAUGGAACACUGGAUGUUCGACCAGGCGGCACUGCAGGAAUACAUCCUCCUGUGCUGCCAGUGCCCGGCCGGGGGGCUGCUUGACAAGCCGGGCAAGUCCCGAGAUUUCUACCACACCUGCUACUGCCUGAGCGGGCUGGCCAUUGCCCAGCACUUUGGCAGCGGUGACCUCCAUCACCAGGUGGUCCUGGGCAGCCCCAAAAACCUCCUGCAGGCCACGCACCCCGUCUACAACAUCACCCCGGACAGGGUGGUAAGAGCGGUGAUGUACUUCUUGCAGCAGCCUGUGCCCUGUCUAGAGCCGGUGGACGCUGCUGACUAG